AAAGUUUCCCACUUACCCCAUCUGAGUUUCGAAACUUAGACGGACACACACACACACACUUUUUGUCUUCUUCUAGAUUCACCGAGAGAAAAGAGGAAGAGACAACCACCCACGAUCCUCCAUAGCUGUACAGAAAAAAAAACCUAACCAUCAAUCAUGCCUUCUGGUGCUAAGAAAAGGAAAGCCGCCAAGAAGAAGCAGGAAGAAGCCUUUUCUACUCUCAAACCCAACAACAACCAUGGAACUACUGAGGAAGAAGGCGUCAGAGUCGUAAAGGAAACAGGGUUGGAUACUGACGAGCGUAUAGAGAUCACUGAUUCAAGCCAUGAUCAUGACAAGAGCUCUAGCAGUGGUGGUAGCAGCAGCAGCAGCUCGGAUGAUGAGUCUCAGGAAGUCAAGAGGAAAGAUGGUGAUAAGGAGGAGACUCAAGUUAUUAUUACACCUGUGCCAAGUCAACCUGUUCCAGUUGCUGGAGAUGCUCCGUUCAUCUUUGGUUCUACUGCUAAUGCGAUUGUAGAGAACACCGGUUUGAUGAAUUCGACUACACCCAGUGAUCUAAACACUGAGAACAUUGUCGAGAUCUCCUCUGUUGAUUCGGUACUCUCAAACGAGCCUGCCGCUGAAGUUUCUCUUGCAUCUGAUGAGGUUAAGCAGGCGUCUUCAAGUAAUAAAGAAUCCAAAUGUGUUCCUGAAGGCAGCAAAGAGUCUGAAGUUGUCAUUUCUCAUGAGGAAGAAGAGGCUCCCGUGCGACCAACACAUGGAGUUGCGCAAAGAACCUCAUGGUUAAGCUGCUGUGGUUUGUUUGAUGUGAUGACAGGAUCCAGUAGAUAAACUCAGAAACUUGAGUCACUUUUAAACUCCCAAGCUGCAACAAUAUGCUGAAGUUUCAGGAACUUGGAUGAAUGGCUCUCUUUCACUUAAUUAAGUACAUCUUUUCUCAUAUGAAAUAGCACUCAACUUCUAGUAGUAGUCUUCAUUAGCAGGCAUGUCGUCCCUUUCGCUCUGUACCAUUACUUGUCUAUUGUUGUUUUUGUUCUCUCAGGUUCUGAGACUUUGAGACUGUUUGUUGUUGGCCAAUCUAAUGUAUGAUUAAAAUCACUACACAUGAGCUCAAAAUAUAUGUUAUUUAGCAUUAAGGUUUCAUAA